AUGAGGACAGAUAAGGGGAUUCUGCACAUACCUGUCCCUGCUGCCAGUGUGUCCCUCUCCCUAUUUGGACUGGUCCUCCUCUCCUUCCCUGGGCAUGCUUCGCUGAGCCGAGCGUCUGGAAACACCUCAGGGACUGUGUAUCUGGGGUCUACGUUUGUGAAGGAGGCUCUUCAGAGGGCGAUGGAGCUGACGGAUGCUGCUUACGCCCGCACAAGUGAAAGGGGGAAGAAAUCCCUGUCUGAGGGCACUGUGAGACCCAGUGACCUGCUGGCUCAGUUCAAACACACUGAAGCCAGAACCAGGACUCAAAUCUGGGCUGCAGAGCUGCUGGACAACACGGUGGAGUUGAUCAGAGAGAUGGUCUACACUCACACUAUGGUGCAGCCCACCUCUCAUGAGCUGCUGAGUAACAAAGACGUGGAGAAUCUGCUGCAAGCGACCGGCUGCUCCGCUGAGCUGCAGAGACCCAGCUGUCAGAACGACUGUGUGUCCGAGCGCUACAGAUCCAUCACAGGAGAGUGCAACAACAGAGAUCAUCCCAGAUGGGGCGCUGCAAACAUCCCAUAUUCCCGCUGGCUGCCUCCUGAGUACGAGGACCUGUGGGGGACGCCGAGAGGUUGGGACCCAGAUCACAUGUACCACAACGUCAGCCUGCCACCAGUGCGGCUGGUUUCUCAAGAGGUGCUGUUCACUCACAACGACAACAUCUCUCUGGACUCCACCCUGUCCCACCUGCUGGUGGAGUGGGGUCAGUGGAUCGACCACGACGUGGUGCUGACGCCUCAGAGCCCGAGUACGGCUGCUUUCAGGACCGGAGCGGACUGCACACACACCUGCAGCCGGGACACGCCCUGCUUCCCCAUACAGAUCCCUCUGUCAGAUCGCCGCAAUGGCGUCCAGAAGUGUAUGCCUUUCUUCCGAUCUGCUCCCAGCUGCAGCGCAGGAGUCCUCCCUCAUCGCCACAGAGAGCAGCUGAACGCCAUCACCUCCUUCGUGGAUGCCAGCAUGGUGUACGGCAGCUCCACCAGUGUGGCCUCGUCUCUGAGGAACAACUCCUCUCCUGUGGGCUCCAUGACCCUCAACCCCCAGCACUCAGACCAGGGGCUGCCCUACAUGCCCUUCCUGCCUCGACAGCAGGCGCACCUGGACCCCUGUGGUCCUCGAAACUCCACCGCCUCGGGGACGCCGGACAGAUCCGAGCCCCGGCAGAACUCCACGUCCUGCUUUCAAGCUGGGGAUUCAAGAGCCAAUGAGCAUCUGGGAAUGAUCGCGCUGCACACGCUCUUUCUGAGGGAGCACAACCGGCUGGUCAGAGAGCUGCACCUGCUCAACCCUCACUGGAGCCCCGACACCCUGUAUCAGGAGGCCCGCAAGAUCAUGGGAGCCAUCCAUCAGAUCCUCACGUGGGAGCACUACCUGCCACAGGUCCUGGGUGAGACUACCACGUCCCGUCUGAUGCCUCCUUACGAGGGUUAUAAUCCUGAAGUGGAUCCCAGCAUCGCCAACGUCUUUGCAGCUGCCGCGUUUCGUUUUGCCCACGUCACGGUGCAGCCAGUGGUGAACAGGCUGGGGCCGGGGUACACCACCAACUCCCAGCAUCCCCCACUGCCUCUGCACCACUCUCUGUUCGCCUCUUGGAGGGUUGUGCAGGAAGGGGGAAUCGACCCUGUGCUGCGUGGCCUGUUGCUGUCUCCAGCCAAACUGCAGACUCCAGGUCAGAUGAUGGUGGAGGAGCUGACGGAGAGGCUGUUCCAGGCCCAGGGGGGGAUGCCCCUGGACCUCGGGGCCCUCAACCUCCAGAGGGGACGCGACCACGGCUUACCUGGAUACGGCUCGUGGCGAAGCUCCUGCGGCCUCUCAGUUCCCGACUCCCCGUCCGAUCUGGCUGAAAUCCUGGGAAACUUCACCUUGGCUCAGAAACUCCAGCUCCUGUACGGGACGCCCCACAACGUGGACGUGUGGGUGGGGGCCAUCUCCGAGCCCCCCCUGCCCGGAGGCCGAGUCGGGCCGCUCCUGGCCUGCCUGCUGUCCAGACAGUUCCGAGCCCUGAGAGAUGGAGACAGGUUCUGGUGGGAGAAGGAGGGAGUGUUCACCAGCACCCAGAGAAGACACCUCCACGCCGUCUCUCUGUCCCGCAUCAUUUGUGACAACAGCCACAUCGCCCUCGUCCCUAAGGACCCGUUCUCACGCACCGAGAGCGCCCAGGACAUGCUGGCCUGUUCCCACCCGCUCAUCCCCCACCUCGAUCUCAGUCCCUGGAAAGAACCAGACACAGAUCCCUUCUGUGGUCCGAUACCCAGGAUUCAAUCUGGUUACUCCCUCCUCUGUGACUCUGUGAUCCUGUAUGAGUGUCACUCGGGCUUCAAGCUGCUGGGAUCUUCAUCUGUCAGCUGUGAUACGAACAAACACCAGUGGAGCCCCGCCCCUCCAACAUGUCAAGAUCUCAAUGAGUGUGAAGAACCGAUUUCUCCUUGUCCACAAAACCUGGAGUGUUUCAACAAACCAGGUUCCUUCAUGUGCUCAGAGCCCUCGUCACUAUCUGCCAUCUCUGUGGUCACUGCGGUGAUAGUAGUGAUCGGUGCUGUGGCCGUACUGGUGAUGAUAAUGAUCUGUUAUCAAAGAUAUUUCCCCAAGAAACAGGAGUUGGUCGCUGCAGCCUGUUGCCAAGGGAACGGUUAA